AUGUCGUGGGAGCAGGAGCAGGAGCAGGAGACGACGGCCGAGCCCAUGGUGGCGGUGACGACCGACGGCUGCCUCCUGGCCACCGAUCUCAAGUCGGGCGAGCAGAUUCAAUGGGCCAUGGUCACCGGCGAGGAGCUGAUGGAUGCGCCGCUUCUUCCGCAUUCGUUUGUUGCCAUGCAUGUGGCGGCUGAUGGCGAGUCGGUCUCUCUCGCCGCCGCUGAUGGCGUCGUCGUUGUCCACGAGCUGCAGGACAAUGUGACAGAAGCCGUCGGUGACAUCGAAGCUGGCAUCGCCGCUAUGGCUUGGUCACCCGAUGACGACGCUGUGGUCAUCGUUACCGCCGCUGCGCCUGUUCCUUCGGUCCUGCUCCUCAAUCGUGACUGGUUCCCAGUCGCAGAGCUGCCAUGGGACGCCCCACCGCCGGCCCGCCCUGCCGAUCCGGCACUUACCCUGGACAACCAGCCGCCGGACGGCCCCGAGUCCGAGAUCGAGUUUGGCGCCGCCGCUGGAGUGCGGAUCACGUGGCGGCCGGACGGUGCCUUCUUUGCUGUCAACGCCUGGGACGCUGCCGCCGGCAAGCGCCGCAUCAACGUCUACUCGCGCAGCGGCGAGCUCGUCCACGGCUCGGAUCCCUUUGCCGCCCUCGGCGUCGCCAUGGCCUGGAAGCCAUCGGGCGCGGUCUUUGCAACCUCGCAGCGCCUUCCCGAGGGCAACGCCGUCGUCUUUUUCGAGUCGAACGCGCUGCGGCAUGGCCAGUUUACCCUCGCGCCUGCCGACGCCGAACUCUCGGUCGCCGAUCUCAAGUGGGCGCCCGAUGGUGAGGUCCUUGCCGUCCUCCUCACCACCGCUGACGGCGCUCCGGCCAAGCUGCAACUCUGGGCCGCAUCCAACUACUGCUGGGCCCUCAAGGACGAGAUCAGGCUCGCGCCGGGCUCCGAUCCGCUACUCCACUUUGAGUGGGAUCCGCUCGGCAUCGAGUUGACCCUCUUCCUCGUCCAUGCUUCGGGUGCGUGCUACUCUCGCCGCUACUGCUGGGACACGGCACUCGGCUCGGGCCUCUUUGCCGACAACACCUUUCCAGUGGCCGUCGCCGCCGGGCAUAUGGUCAAGAUCACUUUUCUCGGGCUUGCUGUUGUCCCGCCGCCGUACGCCACUCUCGAACUGGCUGUCCCGCCCGAGUUCGGCCCGGCGCUCGGCUCGCCGGCCUUUGCGCCGGGCUCGCUGGCGCUGGCGGUCACCGGCCCAGCUCACGUUCUCAUCUAUGAGGCAGACGGCCGCGGCAGCUAUGCAGGAUCGCCGGCGGCGGCGGUGCCUCUCCCCGAGCCGCUCUCGCAGCUGCAGUGGCUCUCGCAGGACGCGCUCGUGGGCGUCGGCGCCGAUGGCGCGUCGCUGGUGGUGCUCGCCCGCGACGCUGGCGCGGCCUUUGACUCGCUUUCUCUCGCGGCGCGGGUCGCUGUCGAAGGCCUUGUCCUCCGGCUCGACGUCUCAGCACACACCGGGAUGGCCCUGAUCCAGCUUGCGGACGGGCGGCUGUUCCGGUACCAGGGUGUGGGCGGCCUCGCAGUUCCUCUGCAGGUUGCCGGCGGCCGGGUCUCGCUCCCGGCGCCGUGCGAGGAGAUGACCUCGAUGAAGUGGAACGGGCCGCAGGGCGCAACGACCGUUGUUAUUGCUCGCUCGGCGCUCAACAAGCUGUACAUCAACGGGGUGUGUGUCGCCGACACUGCGUCGUCGUUUGCGCUUCAUGCGCGCUUCCUCCUCUACACCACUAUUGCCGCCGAGCUGGUCUUUGUGCCGUGGACAACCGACGUGUCAAGCAGCGUCCUCGAGUCGCAGGUGACGGUACUCGAGUCGCGCCUGGUCGAGCGCGGCGCGCAGCUCGUCGGCGUGGUCGAGACUGGCGUCCGCGUCGUCCUGCAGAUGCCGCGUGGAAAUGUCGAGGUCAUCGAGCCACGGCCGUUGGUCAAGGCCCGCGUCGCCGCCCUCCUUGCGCGCAAGAACUAUGGUGCUGCGUUCACUAUCAUGCGCCGGCAGCGGCUUGACCUUAAUCUCCUGGUCGAGACCGACCUGGAGGCCUUUGUGACCGACGCGCCGCUUGUCGUCGACCAGCUGGGCAAGCCCGACUCGCUCAACCUAGUCCUCACCCGCCUCGCCGUCUCGACUGUCUCGCUCAAGGACGCUACCGCCGACGCCAACCUCCGCAUUGUGCCGCAGAUCAGCUCGGCUACUGACGCCGGCACCGCGCUGCGGGCCGCGCUGGCCAAGACCGAGAAGACCCGUGAUGUGGCAGCGCUCCGCGCCGACGACGGCACCGCCGCCGGCCACGCCCGUGUCAAUCGCGUCUGCGCCGCUCUCCGCACUGCCAUGCUCGCGCGGCCUGACGCGGCGGCGUGGGAGCUGGCCAUCCUCACCUCGCUCGCGGUCCAGGUCCCGCCGGCGCUCGAGGAGGCGCUCGUCCGGGUCCAGGACUUGCGCGCAGCGAUGCAGGCCGACGCUGUUGGUUCGCCGAGCGACGGCUCGCUCGUGCGUGUUGUUGUCGACGUCGGCGCCGGCGCGGCACCUGCGCCGCAUGCCAAGCCCACCAGUCUUGGUCCGGCGCAGGCGCUGGACUACCUGGUUUUUCUCGCCGACGCGGACGAGCUCUUCGACGUUGCGCUCGGCCUCUACGACUGGGACCUGGUCCGGCUUGUGGCCUCGCGGACCCAGAAGGAUCCGCGUGAGUACGCUCCGCUGCUGGAGUGCCUCGCCACGCUUCCGCCACCGUUUGCCCACCAUGUUGUCGACACCUAUCUCGGGCGGAUCGACAAGGCUCUGGCAGCGCUGGUGCAAGUCGGCGACGGCGAGGUCUCGCGGGCGGCCGUGCGUCAGCUCGCCACAUACUUUGCCGCGGGCGAGUUCCUUGACCUGGCGAAUGGCGAGUCAACCCACGUCUCGCUCGCCGAGCUGCACGACCUCUACCUCCGCGUUGUGGCCGAGGCCAAGGCGCACGCGGUGGGACAAGCGAUUGCUGCAGAGGCAAACGUACCAAUCCUUGCGGCCCGGGUUGCUGUUGCGCACGCGCACGCACUGGUAGCCCGCGGCAAGGUUGCCGAGGGUGGUGCGCUCCUGGCUGCGGCGGGUGAGCACGCCGCUGCUCGCGAGGCAUACCUGGCCGCAGGCGAGUGGCGGCUGGCAUUUGCGUCUGCGCACGCGCUCGGCUACGACGUCGACGCUCUGCUAGAGAUGGCGUACGAGGCAUCGGAGAAGCUAGCGGCGCGCGGCAAGGCUGCGGCUGCGGCUCAGAUCCUGGUCCGCUACGCCCGCGACGUCGAUGCAGCUGUCGAGGCUCUGCUCGCUGGCGACGAGUGGAUGGAUGCGGUGUGGACGGCGCGGCAGGCCGGGCGUGACGACCUUGUGGAGGCCGAUGUCCGCGACGGCGUCGUCGCGUCGGCUGCCGAGUGGCUGAGCACCAUUGAGGAGAAGCAUGCCAAGUGGCGGCGCGGCGUCGGCAAGCUGGCCGGCAUGUUCGAGCGCCGCGCCGCCGCUGGCGGCUACCAUCGGCCGUCACACGCUGGAAACGAGAGUGAGGCGUCGGCCGCCGACGACGCGUUCUCGGACACGUCGUCGGUCGUCUCGGGCUUUACCACGUCGACGGCGUCGUCGUCGGGCGCGUCGGCGCUCUCGUCGUCGGCGUCGGUCCGGUCGCAGGCGCGUCGGCGCCGCAAGGCCGCGGCCAAGCGAGCCAAGGCCGCGGCCAAGCGGUCCGGCGGUCUCUCUGGCGAAGCCUACGCAGUCGCCGGCCUCAAGCGGUCGGUUCCGUCGGCUGCUUUUACCUCCAAGGUCGGUGAGCUGGUCCGGGCCUGCCUCUACUUUGGCGAAAAUGCUGCUGGCGCCGCUCUCCAAGCCCGCUUCGAUGCCUACCUCAUCGACAUCGAGUACAUGUACGGCCUGCUCGACAUGGGCGCGGCCGCCAUCGCGCCGGCUCCCGCCGCGCCUGCCCCUACGGCAUCGGCGUCUCACCUCCCUCCCGGUUUUGAGCUGAACACCGUAACCCUUGCCGACGGCUCGCUCGCCUCGUUUACCAUGCGUCCAGUCCUCCAGCACGAAGAUGUGUCGUGGAAGGCGCGCUCGCUUGCUGCGCCGUAGCCCACAAAAGACAACGCCGCCCACAUCUGGUGUGCCCGCGCACUCGCGCGCUUGCGCGCUCGCGCGCUCGCGGCUUUUGCAUCAACGAACAAUAGAGUCAAUGACAGAAGGGA